AUGAGUGACAAUGAGGAAAUUCAAGGACAGGAAAAGACGGUCGAGACAAGUGGAAGUUCAGCCAGUGCAAAGGAUGAUAAGCAUGAAAGUUAUGAAAGAAUUCUCGAACUGAAACGUAACAAGAGGUCAAAAAAAACAGCAGUGACUAAAGUCCGACACAGUUUGGAAAGAUUAUGUGCAAAAAAAGGUGAGCUUGACAUUCAAUCAAUAGAAGGGCAAAUUGAAGGUUUAUGGGAGUUGCUAGAGCAAAGCAUGAGUGUUAUGGAUGAGCUCAGUCAUGCUUAUAUGCAAAUUGGUAAACAUGACAGUAAUGCAACAACGAACACAGAAGCAGAAAAUUUUGAAUCUGAAACAUUACAAGCAAUUGAAAGGGCGGAGGGUGCAAUUAACGAAUUUUUGCAAGUAAAAUCAAAACAAUCAAGUGAACCAGUCAGUAUUGUAAACACUCAACACACACCAACAAGUCAACAGAAUCUGUUAGCAGCAGAAAAUAAUACGGGAAAUAACGUUGGGGUAUCAAAACAUAAGCUUGACCCACUUAAAGUGCCUGUGUUCGAGCGUGAUAAAACACGUUUCGAGGACUUCUGGGGACUAUUCAGUAGUUUAGUGGAUAGCGGGAACGAGCCAGCCAAUAUAAAAAUGGCCAGAUUGCGUCAGAGUUUAAAAGGAACUGCGCUUGAAGCGAUCCGAGGGUUGGGGGUUUCUUUGCCUGAAUACGAGGAGGCUAAGGAAAUUCUGACGACAAAAUUUGGGGGGCGAAGGCGACAAUUGCAGGCUUAUAUGGAUCAGCUAGAGGCAAUGCCUUCCCUGAAGGGUAGUGAUGUGCAGGGCUUUGAGAGAUUUGCAGAUCUUGUCCGGAUAACCGUUGUUAAGUUGCAGGCAGAGG